GUUCUGUCUUUCCGGACCAGGCCGUGCAGGAGGCGCCAUCAUGGGUGUUGACAUCCGCCACAACAAGGACCGAAAGGUUCGGCGCAAGGAGCCCAAGAGCCAGGACAUCUACCUGCGGCUGCUGGUCAAGCUGUACAGGUUUCUGGCCAGGCGAACCAACUCCACCUUCAAUCAGGUUGUGCUGAAAAGGUUAUUCAUGAGUCGCACCAACCGGCCACCUCUGUCCCUGUCCCGGAUGAUCCGAAAGAUGAAGCUUCCUGGCCGAGAAAACAAGACGGCUGUGGUUGUGGGGACAGUCACAGAUGACGUGAGGAUUCUCGAUGUGCCCAAACUGAAGGUGUGUGCACUGCGGGUGAGCAGCCGGGCCCGAAGUCGCAUCCUCAAGGCUGGGGGUAAGAUCCUCACCUUUGACCAGCUGGCCUUGGAGUCUCCCAAGGGCCGUGGCACUGUGCUCCUGUCUGGACCUCGGAAGGGCCGAGAGGUGUACCGGCAUUUUGGCAAGGCCCCAGGAACCCCACACAGCCAUUCCAAACCCUAUGUCCGCUCCAAGGACCGGAAGUUUGAACGUGCCAGAGGCAGAAGGGCCAGCCGGGGCUACAAAAGCUAA